UGACUCUCCAAGUAUACUAUUCUGCGAGCAAAACACUUUCGUAGACAAUUCACCUUUCUAUGAUAUAAACUUUAUUGUCAUAUUCUUGGAUAGAAUACAUCUGAAAAUACUAGGUCCAUCUAAUAGCUCAUCGUUCAGUGGCUAAUCGGAAGGGGCUGUCGUUGUUCAGCCUACUAAUGAGAGAGAAGAGGCUGCCCUGCUGUGCUUCCGUGGUACGUACUACGUCGGAAAGCGCGAUACGUACGUAUCUCCGCAUCACAACGCCGGGACGAUUGAUUGGUAUUCGUGCAAUCUGAUUAAACCGUGCAGAUACGAUACACAAGGCAUAUGAGAGUAUUCAACAUGUACAUGUGCAUAUGGUAAAGCUGACUAUACGGUAUUGCAGAGAUAUCUUUUCGGGGAAUAUGUGCAUCAACAACGCUUUUCUCUGUCUCUCUCUUUGUUUCCCCAAUAUCUACUUCGCUGCCUCCUUCCAUUCCUUUGCCUUUGCACAAGCUGGACAAUGAUUUGUUCACUUGGAAGUUUUAUUCAUCAGCUUGCUCCUGAUCCCGCCCCU